UCAAACAUGCUCACAAUAUAAUGAGUUUUUAUCACCUCCUAUCCGUCUCCCAGACUCCCACACUGAUAUUAGAGUAAAUCUAGCUAGGCGAGGCGGGCGGGAUGGAUCAUCUCCAACAAAUAGCCAAAGCUUACUACCUAGCCGGCUCGCCGGAGCUCCAAACCGGAGUCCAAGAAUUAUUCAACACCCUGGAUAGCGACGGAGACGGCCACAUCGAGAAAGACGAGUUCAUAUGCGUGUUGACCCAAGACAGCGUCGACGAAGAACGCGACGUAGAGAAGUGCCGGAACCUCUUCGAUGAACUGGACAUCGACGGCAACGGGACGUUAGAUUUCUGGGAAGUCAUGACGCUCUUCUAUAUCUAUAUGAGCAAGAGGCCGAGCUGUGAUGGGUGUGGGAAAUUCAUUCCGGCCACGUUUUUCACCUGCGUUGAGUGCCACGCUGACCCUCAUCACACGCAGUUUGAUCUGUGCAUUGGUUGUUAUGAGAAUCGGAGGUCUUCUGGGCAUAAACACCAAGGAAAGCCUGCCACAUUCUUGGAUAAUUAUACUCUACUGGACGUUAAGAGAAGUUCAUCAGGCUUGAGCUUCAAUACCAACGCUUAUGUAAACAACAACAUAUCUCAAGCUUCCAUUUCUUCUACACAACACGUUGGGUCCGCGUCCGCCCCUGCCAAUCCUCCAAACACCAACACUGCCGUUGUUCCAGCAACUAAUAAAUAUGAGAAAUGGAAGGUUCUCCUCCAAGCAGUACAGAUAGCACUCGCCAUGGGGAAUGCCGCCUGUACCGUCAUGUAACCAACGUCAAAACCUCUAUAUAUCAUUCAAAUUUACAUAUUUAUAAGUUUUAUGUAUUUAGGCAUUGCAACUUUUAAGUAGUAGUAUGGUUUAUGUUUCUGUGUCAUUUUUCUAGAUCAACAAAUUUAGUAGCUCAUAGUUUACUUUUUUCCUCCCUCUUGUAUUACCACUUUGCUUGCUUUUGUUGAUUCAAUGAAUUUGGUUUUGCUUUAAUAUAAUAAAAGAGUUUUGGGUC